CCCGCAAAGGGCAACCCCCCGGGCGGUUCCAUGGAGACUCUGUGUCCCGCUCCCCGUCUUGCAGUGCCGGCAUCCCCGCGAGGGUCGCCUUGCUCUCCCACACCCCGGAAGCUGCGUCGGGGGACCCAGGAGUUCUCUCCGCUGUGCCUGCGUGCCCUUGCCUUCUGCGCCCUUGCCAAACCCAAGGCGUCCUCUCUGGGCCUGGGGCCUGGGGAGCUGGCGCCUCGGGCCCCGGUACUGCUGGGCCCUCGCUUCCCGCCGUGCACCGGCGGCUGGGUCCCAGAUGGCCUGAAGCACCUCGCGGGACAAGCCGGGCGGUCCAGCGAUCCGGACUCUCCGGCCGGUCAGGAUGCCGACGCCGCAGUGUGCCGGGGCCGCAGUGAGGAGGAAGAGGGCGGAGGCAGUUUCCCGCACUUCGGCGCUCGCUCAGGCGUACCUCCCGGCCGCUGCCCGGCGCCCCGGCGCCCUCGGGAAUCUCCGACCAGCUCCGCCUCGGCUCCACCUAGGCCGGCCUCGGGUCUCUACUCCCAGCCUGGGCCCGCCGGCAGCCCGCGUCGGGAGCCGGGUUCCCGGUCUCCUCCGCCACCUGCGGGCCUCUCCGCGGAGCCUGCGGGUCCCGGGGUCGCGCCGGAGCCGCCCCCGCCGGGCCAAACGGCCGCAGUCGGUGGAAACGCCCCACAGGCCGCCCCCGAGGCCCUAGCCGCCAGCCCCUCGACGGCCAACGUUGCUCCGGCCGCGCCCGGCGAUCUCCGCCAGGAACAUUUCGAUCGUCUGAUCCGCCGGUCGAAACUUUGGUGUUAUGCUAAGGGCUUCGCCCUCGACACGCCGAGUUUGCGCCGGGGGCCGGAUCGGCCGCAAGCAAAAGGGCCGGCCCGGGGAGUCGCGAAGAAACGCCGGCGGCCGGCGCCCCCCCAUCGCAGCGUGCAGCCCCGCCGCCCUGCACCGACGCUGCCCACCACCAGCACCUUCAGCCUCCUCGACUGCUUCCCCUGCCCCCCGGCCCUGGUGGUGGGCGAGGACGGAGACUUAGGGCCGGCAUCCUCGCUUCGUCUCCAGGGAGACUCUAAGCCCCCGCCUGCCCACCCUCUGUGGCGAUGGCAGAUUGGGGGUCCUGCUGUACCUGAGCCCCCGGGCCUCAAAUUCUGGGGUAUUAACUUGGAGGAAUUUUGAGCGUGAGAUCUCUUCUGCCAAGGGGGAAAUGUUGGGGCCACAGCCAAACUGCGGGCUCGAGGACAGGGCUCUUUCCCACAUUUGCCUGUUCCCUCUCUGUUUUAUGGGCUGUGGUCAGAGGGACCUGAAUUGACAGUGAUCUUCAAGCACCUAACUGGUAGGGGUGACACCCCCUCCCCCUCAUUCUUUGGAGAGGAACCAAGGGCUGGAGUCAGGAGAAGGCUUAACGGAAAAAGGCUUAAUGACAUAGAUUCCAAUCCCUCCCCUCUUCCAUCUCGGAUCUCUGGGGGCAGGGCCUUCACCCCAGGGGUGGCAAAGGAGGCUACCGCUCAAAGACAAGGAAAAAAAAAAGAGGGAGAGAGACCUUGGUGACGGACAAACCGGUUGUUUCUGUGGGGGAGCCUAGGGAUAAGGGGGCUGUGUGGGGGUGGGGAGGUGAUUGGCAGCUCCCUGGGGGCAUCCCCCACCCCCCACCAUCCAGGCCUUUAACCCUUCACUCCCCUCAGGCCUUCUCCAGCGCUCCAAGCGUCACCGGAGCCUUCAUGGGGGAGGGGCAGCUAGGGGAAGGAGAAGAUCACCCCCUCCCUGUUCUUUUCCUAACGCCCCUCAAUUCACCCAACCCCUAAUUCGCAGUGUCUUCAGUCUCAGCCACCAAGCUUUCCCUUUUGUCCAGUUUUGGAGCCUCCCUCUUCAGUUUUCCCUGUUUGUUUUCAGUUUAUACUGUCUGCUGGGUAAAAGAGGACCCCCCCCCCUCAAUAAAUCAGCCCCUUCCCUCAAUUUACGCCUCAUAUUAGGAGGGGCAGGACUGAGGGAUCUCCUUCCCUCCAAAAACGCAGAUUUUGCCUGGGAAUGGGGUCAGAGACUGUCCCAGGGAAAGUAAUGGAAGGUGGAAGAAAUCAAUAAAAUCAGACCAAACAAGUUGCCUUUCGAGGGCCUCUCCACCGAUGUGUAUGGAUGGCAGGCCGGGAGGUUACAGGGCAGGCCUGGGUCCAUUCUUUGGACACCCAAACUGGGCUCCCUCAAAGGCUAGAGAUAAGACAAGCCGCUUUUUGUGGAGAGGUAAACUAAGGUGCUCUUGGCCUAAUCCCAAAGGUCCAGUAGGGCUUGAAGGGACAAAAUGGGGUUUGGAUGGGAGCGGGGCUGAGGUACCUUUGGCUUCCCCCCCUAACUUCAGGCAUUUCAGGAGCUGUCAGGGACCUGAUGGAUCCGAAGGGGGCAGGGCCGGGGGAUUAGUUCUGAGGUCAGAGGUUCUGUUUUCCAGAGGAAGAGGGGAGAGAGAGGCGUGGACCACACCCUCCAGCUGGAAGGGUUCCCUAGUCAGAGAAGGGUUGGAAUCGCAGUCUCCUGCGCCAGGUGAGGUCAGGGGAGGUUAGUUCUUACGUGUGAGAGGAACCUGGAGGUUGAGGAUCUGCCAAACAAUUGAAGGACCCAACUGCCCUUCUUCCUACACUAGUGAAUAACACCCUUUUUCCCCUCAAACGGGGCAAGGGAGGAACAAUUCCCACAUAACGAUAUUGGGGAAGGACUUGUCUCCUUUUCUGUGAAAACGCUUUGUAAAAAUUUAUUGUUUGCAUAGAGCAGAUUCUUGAGAGAAACUGUUUUGAACCUUAAAAGUUUUGUUUUAAAA